UCGCGGAUAGACGCAGCAUUUCUCUUUCUUUUCCAUUCUCUGUAUUGCAUUUCACUUCCGCGUAUUCGCAAUGCCGCGAAUACAAUCUCUUCUUCCCUUGUUAAGACCAUUGGCUGCUCCAAGGCGAGCCGUCUGCCAGCAGCUCUUCCGCUUCUCGACUGCGACGAGACUGCGCGUCGAACAACCAUCUGCGCCCACCUCGAGCACUCCGCCUCCCCCGCCUACCCAGAAACCUUCCGCUACCUCCCCUGAAGCGCCAUCCACCGCGCAAGAAGCCUCCAAGGCCGCCGACCUUGCCGCAACAGAAGCCGCAACCGAUGCCGACAGCGCGCAAUCACCCGCCCCGAAACCAAACCUCCCAUCAAAGCGCGCCGAACCCUCAAAACCCGAGAACGCCGAACCCGCAGAUGAUGUCAAGGUCUCUUCCAGACCCGCAGUCUCCACCGAGACGACAACAGCGGAACUGAAAGUGAAAGCCAAAAGCUUCAAGACAGUAGCGAAAGGGAAGAAGGCCAAUGGCGUAGAUGAUGUCAAAGUCGCUUCCACGCGGGCAUCCCCAACCGGCACCACAACAUCAGAACUGCAAUCGAAGGCGAAGAGCUUCAAGACAGUGAAGAAGGCGAAAAAACCCCAGGAACCAAGGAGACUCCAACUUCAGCUUCCUCCGCCAAAGUACCACAUCGCACGCUCAGCGAGUAAGAACCUCCCCAUAUACACGGACUACAAGCGGGGCGGAAAUCUUCAUUUGACGACGAUACGCAAGGUCACGGGCGAUAUAUCGGCGCUGCGGGAUGAGCUGAGGGUAUUUCUGAACAAGAAGAACGAGGAGGUCAAAAUCAACAGCCUGACGCAACAUGUUAUUGUGAAGGGUCACCAUGUACCUGAGGUUACCGAGUUCCUAAAAGCUAGGGGUAUGUAAGAGUACGUACGAGAGUGAAGGAAAAGGGGAAAGAGGACGUAGUGUGUAUAGGAUCCUGUACCAUAUGUAAAGAGAUAGCAAAGGAAUUGGCAGCGCACCCGUUGCCAGUUCAAGCACGCAUUGGAUUAGAGGUCAUCCCAUUUCUACGUGCGAUUACGGUACAACUACCGUUGCCGCACCGCAUAUGCCCGUCUCUGUAAGUAUACCUCCUUAUAUUGCCUAUGUUAAGUCCCAGAUCUAAACUUCCGAACUGGAAACCUGGAUG